CUUAUUGAAGACAGGCUGCUGUCUGUGUGUGUGUGUGUGUGUGAGGUUUCAGUUGCAGUCAGCGGUCGGUGAGGAUGGAGCUGUUUCCUGUGUGUCUCUUCCUGCUGGCUGCCUUCACGGCGGCCUCCUCAGCAGGUCCGCAAGAGAGCAACCGCUACGUGGCGGCCGGCUCCGAGACCAUCACAAUGGAGCUGCCCGCAGGACCCCAGGUGUCGACGGACGACAAACUGAUCUGGAAGCGCAACGGGAGCUCGGUUUACAUUAAGGAUAAUAAAAUGAAUAAUAAUUUCACAGUGAGCUUGACCUGGGCCCUGAAAGUGCCAGCAGCGGAACUGCAGGUGGUGGGACAGGUGGACGUCUACACCUUGGAAGUUCAUGACACACAGGGGAAGGAAAAGCUCACGAUGAAGACCAUCCUCCAUCUUCUGGAAAAGGUCAGGACCCCAACUCUGACGAUCAACUGUACGGACAAAGACAACGCUGUUUUCCACUGUUUUUGCAACAUUUCACAGAGGCAGGACUUGGUCUAUGAGUGGAAGUUGAAUGGAACUGUCCAGUCGGAGAAGACCCAGGUAUUUAAGGUACCUCGCAAACUCGUCUGGAAAUCGGUGUCGUGCGAAGUCUCCAACAAGGCCGGGAAAGAAAGUAGCGCCGCAUCCGAAGCAAAGUGCAUAGAUUCUUCAGUUUCCGCAGUCCUGUACCAAAUAUACCAUGAUUUUUUUUGGUACAUUGUGGGCGGAGGCGGAGGCCUGGUGCUGCUGCUGUUCUUCAUCACCGUUCUGUGUUGUGUUCGAGCCCGGACCCGUCGCAAGAACCGCAUGCAGACGGAAAGUGAGAUGCGCUUGGAAUGGACCAAUCAGACGCCGCGACAAGACCAGCAGCAGCAGAGGGAGAAGAAGAAGAAGAAGAAGGGGCCCCAGCCUGGCGGCUCCCAGCCCCACCGCUGCAAAUCCAGCCAGGACGCCAAUAGGUCCCGGAGAAAAGACCCCGCCGCCACCCCUUUAGCUAGCAAGGACCACGCCACCUCAGCUGCUAGCUCGGCUAACCCCGCGCGGCCCAGACCUAGCCCGCGACCGCCGCAGUCUGAGAGGGACGGGGGGCUUGGUGUGGACCACGGACCCCCGCUGCCCAAGCCCAGGAAGAAGGCUGGACCCAAGACCAACAGCCGGGCACGACCCUGACCCCUGACCUCUCACUGCUGAUUUUUGCCCCCCUGACAUCUCUCCCCUGACCUUUGACCCCUGACCUCUCAUCCCUGACCUUUGACCCCUGACCCCCACUCAAGAAUUCUUGAUGAUCUCUUCGAUCUUCAUCACUCCAGUACAACCAUCUUCCGGACACACACACACACACACGCGCACACACACACACAGCACACGCACACGCACACGCACACACACACACACACACACACACACACACACACACACACACACACACACACACGUAAUACACACAUGUGCACACAAGAAACUCAGGUGCAUACUCAGGCACACACACACACGUGCACACACACACAUGCACACGCACUCACACACGCCUCUUAACACACAUACUCAGGUACGCACUUACUCAGGCACACACACACAAACACACACACACACAUACACACAAACACACACACACAAAUGUGGUUAUACAUAUGUACGCACUAGGUGUAUAUUGUUUUAUAAAAGUGUAUUUAUACAACGGGUGGCUUAAAUCCAGCGAUCUGAUUGGUUCCUAACUGUUGUAUAAUGAGCGUAUACAUAACUGCUAUGACGCCCAAUCAUUUUGGGCGGAAACGGAACUUAGUAGAAACGGUAACUUACAAAGUAGCAGUUGUUGGGAGUGGCCUAGGAAACUUUAUCGCACGGAAAUUUCCACGCGGUGAGUGAACUGCUCCAUAGGAUAAAUUGCCGGCGAACCGCUCUAGCCGAGCCUUCUCUCGGAGGGACGCUAAAGUGUGUUGCAUAGCGACCGUCGUGCAUUUGGAAGGCAGCCAGGAGGGACAACUUUUUUAUAUUCUUUAAAAAAACAGCUAUUUUGACUUUCUUGUUUUUUUUUUAAUGUAGUGUGUCUAUAACUUUCGUUUUGCCAUAAUAGUAACCGUUGUAUAAAAGCAAUAGAUCACUUCAGUCAGUGGUAUGUGCUCAUUAUACCACUGUGAAGGGGGUCGCCCCUUAACAGUGGUAUAAUGAGCACAUACCACAGCCUAUCGGGAUCUAUUGCUUAAUUAUAAUGUUUAUAUUCGACCACGGAAGCACACAUUUCUUAAAGGUCCUAUAUUAUUCCACCAGGUGUGAGUGUGAUUUGCCAUGACACACCUGGUGGUAUAAUGUGUCACCAUUAAAACAACAACAAGCUUUCAACACAACACAAUGUGGGCUUCAAAGAAUUAUGUCUGAACAAAAUAAACCUGGCGACAAAUACACAAAGACUUCUAGUGCCUUAAAAUAAAACAUCCGCUGCACAAGUGUCAAGCACGGAAACAAACAUUUCCUUUGCCUUGUUUUUUUCUUUUCUCUCUGUUGACACUUUUAUUCUAAUUUUUGUUUUAUUCUUCUCUUCUAUUAUUCUUCUUCUAUUAUUCUUCUAUUGUCUUCUGUUUAAUAAACACAAAACGGUUUUCACAGUGA